AUGUUGUUAUGCGUUUGCAAAGACCUGGUGUCGUUUGUUGUGUUGCAGAAACAGUUGCGGCAACUGCAGGAGAAGUUCUACCAGAUCUACGACUCGGAGACGGAGGAGGACGAGGAGCCAGGGGCCGAGCGGGGGCCGGAGCGGGACGAGGACGGGAACAUCUCUGAGGACAGCAUCCGCUCCGACGGCCUGGACGACAGGGACCGGGACAGGGGCCGCCACGACGAGCUGUCGGAGCUGGACCCGGGACUGUUCCUGGACCGAGCGCGGGCUCUCCUCCGGGAGCAGGCCCUGCUGGACGGGGAGCUGGACGAGGAGCAGGAGGAGGAGCAGCAGGAAGAGCUGGGCAGCAGGAUGAAGAGGAGGGGGCCGGGCAGACGUCUGGCUGAGACGUUGAAGCAGGAGCUGAACUGUGCCAUGUCCCAGGUGGUGGACACUGUGGUCAAAGGCUUCUCGUCCCCAAAGCAGAGUGUCCCGGUCUGCAGCACCCCUGCAGCCCCCUCCUCCACCUCCUCCUGCCCUCCCCCCUUUCCCCCGCUCCCCUCUCUCACCCCAGAGGCCCGCUUUGGAGGCGGAGCUCUGGGCCUCAGUCUGAACUCUAACUCUAGUCCCACCGCAAACUUUCACACGUCCAAUCAGAGGCUGCACUGCUUCGGAGACGUGCUGAUGCCCAGCCCCCUGGACUCCUUCAGCGGCCUCAGCCGGCUCACCGGGGUCUCAGCCAACGACCAGACAGAGGCCCUUCCUCUGGUGGUCCGGAAGAGUGGAGGUCCUGAGAGCGGGGAGCACUCCCUGGCUCCGCCUCCUCCCCCUCAUCACCCCUCCCUACACCCCUCCCCCCUGACUGCUUCUCUGGGCUUCAGUCCACCCUCUUUUCGACACCCGUUCCCCCUGCCCUUGAUGGGCUACCCUUUCCAGGGCCCGCUGGGGUCCCAUGGGGCAGGUCCAGGCUAUCAUCACGGGCACAAAGACCACCGGAUCUCCCCCGACUCACUAGACAUGAGUCGAGAGACCAUCAGCCUGAGGACCAAGAUGAGCCUGGGCCUGGGCCACCAUCAGCACAGACAGAGCUCCCCGCACCAGCACCCGGACGCCCUGUCCCUGUCCCUCAUCAAGUCUGAGUGUGGAGACCUGCAGGACAUGUCCGACAUGUCCCCGUACUCCGGCUCCACCAUUCAGGAGGGUCUCUCCCCAAACCACCUGAAGAAAGCCAAGCUGAUGUUCUUCUACACGCGCUACCCGUCCUCCAACAUGCUCAAGAUGUUCUUUGGGGAUGUCAAGUUCAACCGCUGCAUCACGUCGCAGCUCAUCAAGUGGUUCAGUAACUUCCGUGAGUUCUACUACAUCCAGAUGGAGAAGUUUGCGCGACAGUCCAUCAACGAAGGCGUGACGGCGGCUGACGAGCUCUCCGUGAGCCGGGACGCCGAGCUUUUCCGGGCCCUCAACAUGCACUACAACAAGGCCAACGACUUUGAGGUGAGAAUGGGGAACCACAAGGGCACGCGCUGGGGCCUCAGAUGUUUUUGA